CGCAAGGCCCAGCUCCUCGCUGCUCACUCCACAGCGCCGCGCAAUGGCGGCCAAGCAGCGGCACCGGCAGCUGCCACUCCUGCCCCUCCUCGCCGCGGCCGUCGCGUGGUCGCUACUGCGCGCCGCCGCCGCCGCGGGCACGGGCACUGGCACGCUCGGCCUCCGGCACAAGCCCGCGAGGCAGCACAACAGCACGCGGCACGGGGGAGGGCGGCGCGCCCAGCGUGGUGGCGCUCCCGGCACUGGCAUGGCGUCGUGCAACCUGUUCCAGGGCAGCUGGGUGUACGACGACACGCUGCCGAUGUACGACGCGGCGGGGUGCCCCUUCGUGGAGCCGGAGUUCGACUGCCAGAAGUAUGGCCGGCCCGACAAGCUGUACCUCAAGUACCGGUGGCGCCCGGCGUCCUGCGAGCUCCCGAGGUUCAACGGGCAGGACUUGCUGAGGCGGUGGAAGGGGAAGAAGAUACUGUUCGUGGGGGACUCCAUCAGCCUGAACCAGUGGGAGUCGCUUGCGUGCAUGCUGCGCGCGGCCGCGCCGGCGUCCUCCAGGGUCGCCUACGCCAGGGGCAACCCCGUCUCCAGCGUCACGUUCCAGGACUACGGGGUGUCGGUGGCCUACUACCGGAGCACCUACCUGGUGGACAUCGUCGAGGAGUCCGUCGGCCGGGUGCUCAAGCUCGACUCCAUCACCGGCGACGCGUGGCUCGGCGCCGACGUCCUCGUCUUCAACACGUGGCACUGGUGGACGCACACCGGCAGGGACCAACCGUGGGACUACGUCCAAGACGGAGGGCAGGUGAUGAAGGACAUGGACCGGCUCACGGCCUUCUCCAAGGGGAUGUCCACAUGGGCCAGGUGGGUCGACUCCAGCGUCGACACCUCCAGGACCAAGGUCUACUUCCAGGGCAUCUCGCCGACCCACUACAACGGAGCCGACUGGGGCGAGGGCUCGCGGAGCUGCGCGCAGCAGACGCAGCCGGUCCCCGGGCCGGCGUACCCCGCCGGCCCCGUCCCGGCGCAGGCCGCCGUGCGGGCCGCGCUGGCCGCCAUGUCCAAGCCGGUGUACCUGCUCGACGUCACGCUGCUGUCGCAGCUCAGGCGGGACGCCCACCCCUCGGCCUACAGCGGCGGCCACCCGGGCAACGAUUGCAGCCACUGGUGCCUCGCCGGCGUGCCGGACACGUGGAACCAGAUCCUCUACGCGUCGCUCCUCCUGGCAUAGGACCGGGGAGAGAAAAAAAACCGCACACUGUAUACCAAUUGGCGCAGGCUAUAGACAUUUCGUAUUUAAAAAUUGGUGAUUUGAUUGUUUCUUUUUCCUUCUUCUUCUUGGAAAA